GGGCCCGCGUGAAGUGGCGCACAUCCAGGCGCAUGCGGUGUCCCUGCCGUCCGGUCUAGAUGGAGUCCCAGGGCACCCCAGAGCCCACUACCAAUUUUGAUUAUGACCCCCAGAGCUUCCUGUGUGAGAACCAGGCCCUCACGCUCGCCACCUUCACCAUCACCAUCCUGUACCCGCUGGUGCUGCUGCUCAGCCUCGUGGGCAACAGCCUGGUGCUGUGGGUGCUGGUGAAGUACGAGAGCCUCGAGUCCCUCACCAACCUCUUCAUCCUCAACCUGUGCCUCUCAGACCUGGUGUUCUCCUGCCUGCUGCCAGUGUGGGUGUCCGAGUACCACUGGGGGUGGGCGCUGGGCGAGCUCCUGUGUAAGGUGCUCAGCAUGACCUUCUCCGUCAGCCUCUACAGCAGCAUCUUCUUCCUCACCAUCAUGACAGUCCACCGCUACCUGUCGGUGGUGAGCCCCCUGUCGACACUGCGCGUCCACACCCUCCGCUGCCGCGCGCUGGUGACCACGGCCGUGUGGGUGGCCAGCGCCCUGUCCUCCAUCCCCGAUGCCGUCUUCCACAAGGUAGUCAACUCUCAGUGCACAUACGCAGAAACGCGGGGCCUGCUGGCCUCGGUCUACCAGCACAACAUCUUCUUCCUGCUGUCCAUGGCGACCAUCCUCUUCUGCUACGUGCAAAUCCUCAGGACCCUGUUCCGCUCUAGGUCCAAGCAGCGGCACCGGACGAUCCGGCUCAUCUUUACUAUCGUGGUGGCCUAUUUCCUCAGCUGGGCCCCCUACAACCUCAUUCUGUUCCUGCAGACUCUGGAGAAAGUUGGGGUCAUCCAGAGCUGCGAGACCAGCCAGCAGCUGCACUUCGCCCUGCUGCUGUGCCGACACCUGGCCUUCUCGCAAUGCUGCUUCAACCCGGUGCUCUAUGUCUUCGUGGGGGUCAAAUUCCGCAAACACCUCAAAAGUCUUCUCCAGCAGGUACGGCCGUGCCACCUGCAGGCCCCCAGUCCACCCCCGAUGCCCAGGUCCCCGGGCGCCUUCGCCUACGAGGGUCCCUCCUUCUACUGAGGGGAGGCGUGGUGCCUGUGCAGGUGGACAGGGCGCCUGGGAGAUGAGGAGACGUGGAUGGAAGGAACACUGCCGCAAGAUGCCGCCGAUCGCUGCAGGGGUGGGGGAAGAAGCACGAGGACCUGUGGGUCCCGGUGCCCUCCAAGGGACAGGGUCUCCUCACUGGGCACUUGAUGCCACCAUGCAUCGAGUCGCACGUAUGUUGUUCGUGUGUGCAACAAUGUUCUUCACUCCUUCCUUCGCUCAGAUGCAGACCGCUCAUCCCUGCUCAGCCUGCAGCUCCUAAAACACGCAGUGUUCCCAGCAAAGGGGCCUCUUUCAAGCCCUUGGGGGUGGGGGGCGCUCGGUGGCUGUGACCAUGGUACAAUGCAGGGGGCUUCCUGGACAGUCUCCUGUCCCUGGCUGCGCAGUUGCCCCACUCAUCUGCCCACUUCAGAGGGGACUCAGGGUCUGCUGAGGAGGCGGCCAGAAAGGCAGAGCAGCUGCAGCCUCCCAGAAGCACAGCGAGCCCGGAGCCCAAAACCUCUCUAACUGCACUGAAGCUGGCUUUGCAUCCAGGCUCGUGCCCACGGCACGGAGACUGGCCCUUGCGAUCCACCUCAUAAGAGCCUACUGCAAGCGCGAGCACAACAGGCGCUGCCUUCUGCGCUAAGUCCACCGGGAGGAUGCGAAGGCGGCCACCUGCAGUCCUACCCUCCAGGUGCCAAGUGUGCAGCCCUGAAGGCCCGAAAGGUGUCUCCUGCAAUGUCUCAUCCCUUCGGGGUGGAGGGGGCCGACCUGGCCACUUUCUCCUAAAGUAUCCCCUUCCUACAGGGGUGAGGGGGCCAGCUUUCCCCACCCCCAUGCUUCUGUCAGAGCCUGCACCCCUUCUUUCAGUCCCACACCAUACCAUGACCCACACUGCUUAUCUGGGGCCUCCCUCAAACCUCUAGCUCCUGUCUGAAGGCUGAACCCCAAAAUCCCCUGAGUUCCUCCCAUCUUCCUGCUGCUCCUCACCUCUACACCAGGCUGUGAGGGAUCUCCAAAGGGCUUCUCAGCCCCCAGUUCCCAAAUGAAGUGCAGGGGCCUCAGCAAGCAUUUCCUGGCCUCCUCCCUCGGCACCAGCCACCUUUCCACUCGCUGUGCUUGGAGCCCUGGUCCUUUGGACCCCGCCCCCAGAGGCCCCUUCUCCCCGUCUCCUGCCUCUGCACGUUUCUUACAUGGUCACCUAGGCCUGGAGCUCCGGUCCUUCUCGCCAGGCUCCCAGCUCCAGCUGAAAGGCCAGGUCCUGCAGGAAGCUUCCCCAUCCCACAAGUGGGAAGGGUGCUCUGGGUUGCUGUGGCACCCUGCUUGCCCCUCUCCACAGUGUUUAUCACACUCCGUCCUGUGCCACAGUCACGCGCACACAUGCCUUAUCUCCUUGUGCUGUCUCACACUUGGCAGGAAGGAGCCUGGCCUUAAGUCCUGGGGUGCUAUCUCAGAGGGCAGAGGGGGAUAGCUGUGGCCCUGUGCUCCGUGAGGGUCCAAGCCACAGGGCACCCUGCACCUCCUUGGCCCAGGUUGCUUCCAUCGCUUUCCUGCCUGUCUGCACCCUCCGCACACGUUGCUGAGUGCCCAGUGCCCAUGGCGCGGCCCUCCCUCGCCUCCUGGCUGUGGCCCACCGGCUUCCUCUUCCACAGUCCCACAGCUUCACACGAGGGUGCAGACACGGCCUGCCCUCUAAACUGUUCCAUGCCAUGAAGGCCUGGGCCCAUAAGCCUGACUCGCUCAGGGCCGAGGGACUGACCACCUCUCACCACGAUUCUGACUUGCACCCCUGUCCUGCGACAAACCCGAGGCUGCCCUCGCACAAACAUGGAGGCUCCAGAUCCUUCACCGGCCCUCAAGCAGGACUUACACGCCGAAGUCACGAACAUUCACUCACUGAAUGGAGCAGCUUCUCAGACCGCCCUCAGCAGGGGCCCAGAGAGCUUGGAACGCAGUGUCCCCUUCAGCCCCAGCUGAGCCCCACCCGCUGACUUGUCAUGGGUGGGGCACUGUGUGGGGAAGAGCUGGGCUCCAUCUCAGUAUGACAGCCAGUGGCACCUGCUGGAAGGUCCAGGUAGCACCGCAGGGACA